AACAUGGUGGUUCGUUUGCAUCACGUUGAAGUACUCUGUCAAAAUCUUCAGCAAAGUUUAAGGAAAUUCUGCGGAAACUUUGGCUUUAGAGUGCUUGCUUCGUCUUCCUUUCCCAAUCGGGUCACUCUGAACCGGGACUCUAUAAAUUUUGUUUUGAGCGAAGGCGCCAGUGAACGAGACACCGUUUACAACGUUGCCCUUGAAGUCAAAGAUGUGAAACAAGUGGUGGAUAUCGUAGAAAGAAAUAGCGGUAAAAUAAUCAGAAGACCAGAAACAUUCGCUGAUCGUAACGGAGUGGUGGAAUCCGCUGUAAUACAAACUCCUGUCGGAAACGUUGUUCACACAUUGUUAAAUGCUUCUAGUUACAACGGUGUGUUUUUGCCGGGAUUUCAUGAAAGUGACAAUUACAAGAUGGCGUUACCCGAAAGGGUAGAUUAUGUAACCCCAUCGAACUCGACUAACAAGAAUUCAGUUAUUGGCGAUCGUCUUUUAACACACUUUGAUCACAUAACGUUUGCAUGCCCGUUAGGGACUUCUCCGUCGAUUAUGAAAUGGUAUGAGCGAUGUUUUGGCUUCAGUAGGUUUAAUAUCAGCUCUGAUGAGAAGUCAGAGGGCUUCAUUGUGCAGAGUUCAAUACAAGGAGCGAGCAUUGGAAUGAAGCUGACAGCCAUGCAGUAUUGGUUUUGCUCGGAAUCAGAGCUAAGAAUAAACACUGAUGAACCAGGAGGUGGUGUCAAGUUUGUUUUUGCAGAACCACUACCGGGACAAGGCCCUAACCAGGUACAGACAUUCUUAACAGAACAUGGAGGACCAGGUAUACAGCACAUAGGCCUGCAUACACCAAACAUAGCUGAAGCUGUUGCUACCUUAAAGGACAGAGGAGUCAAAUUUAUUGAUCCUCCAUCUGCUUAUUAUUCUGAGGAAGGUAAACUUCAGGAAAUACGAGAUGUAGGAGAGAGUGUGGAGUCUCUCCAGAAACAUGGUAUUCUGUUGGAUGCAGAGAGCUUCACGUCAAGUGAAAGCACAGCCUCAUGUUUGGAAAAUAUGAAUGUAUGCCAAGAUGCUGACAACAAGUAUUUGAUGCAAGUUUUUACUAGACCACUUUUUAACAAAGACACCUUCUUCCUGGAGGUUAUUCAGCGCUGUGGGGCCACAGGAUUCGGAGCGGGCAAUAUAACUGCUCUGUGGAAAGCUGUUGAUUCAUAUUUAAAUAAUGAAUCAAAUAAAAGUAAUUCUUAAAACUCAUGGACAUCUUAAUUUUGUUCAUAGGGCAUUGUCACAUUUGACUGGCAGAGAUUGAUCUGUGCUGAGUGUUAAAUAAUUUUUCCGACACCUGAAUGUGGCUUUGAAAUAUUUGCAGUGUUUGAUGAUGGAAGAAAAGUUUCCACUUCCUAAAAAAUGGAAAAUAGUUUAUUAAAAACAUUUGGGUCAAACCUCUUGAAAGUUAGUGAUAUUACUGUCUUUUAAAAAAGCCUUUUAAACUGUCAUUGUAGCUUUUCUCAACCCCCUUUCUCCUACAGAAUUGACCAGAAUGUAAACUCUCUCUCUACUCUAUCAAAGAGACAGUUCAUGAGAAUUAAGAAAAUUAAUGACUAGGAUAUAUUGUUAAGUAGAAAUUACUUAGUUAUAGAGGGGUGUAUUGUAGUCAGUUGGGAGAGUAAUGUUUUUUAUCUUUGGAAUUAAAGCAAUGCUGUACUCCCUCCCCCCCCCCCAUACAUGGGGAUGGGGGGGAGAAGAGAAAAUGUACCACACCCUGAUUGAUAUUGGGUGACCCAGUGGCUUAAUGGUCAUUGCUUUGGACUCCCAGUCAACUCAUGGAUAUUCCAAUGGUAGUGAAUGGUGGGAACUGAAAAACCUAACUCGGAGCUAAGUUACAUUUAAAAAAAAAAUUGUAUUUACAUUUUUUUGAAGCUGGCAAAGAUACACACUGACUGAAAAUGACAACCUGGAGAAUAAGGCUGAAUUUCUUAAUACCUUGAAAGUUCCAUAGCCAAAUUAGCCUUUAUCUUUCCUCAAUUACGCUCCAUUCAAAAGGCAAAGUCACAUGCUCGAGCUUACACCUCACCACACUCCCAAACACAUCUUUCGGGACACAGUCUCCUUCACCUGCUUCUCUCGUUGUGGGUCUUCAAGAUAGCAUAGAAACACUGGCAGUUAACAACAUUGGAAAGGUAAGAGGGACAAAAGAACCUUAUGGAAGUUGUUUGAGCAAAGUGUUGCAACCAUUUAUGUUGGGGAGUGUAGCUUUACAUGUACCCAACAGUUUUUGCCAUGAGCUUAUUUCAAGCACAAAGAACUUGUUCACUCCCUUGUCAGUUUUGGGUCUGUUAAUAUCUUUGUCAAGUACUUAUACUGAUAUUUAAUGCUCUUGCCAUGGAGGUAAAUAAUUAUGGUUUAAUGAACUCAAACUGAAAGAGAUGACAAUUUUUUAAAAAUACAUGAAUUAAGUUGCGUAUCGAAAGAAAAGCCGCUGGCAGGCUUCAGUCAUUCUUUUUCAAGUAUUUUUAUUUGAAAGUUGGGUAAAGGAUGUACAUUUCAGAUCCUCAAAAUAA